UUGUGAGAGAAAAACUUCAAUUUGACAACUAUUAUUUUUGUAAAAGAUUAAGUAAAAAUCAAAAAUGGGUUAUACUGGAAUAAUUCUUGGAUUUGUUGGCUUGAUUGCUUUUGCAUGCUUCACGUAUAUAAUGAGCCUGGUUAUGUGUGGUCUGGGAGAGCGAGCUGGACUCAGCUGGUUCCUGUAUACGACGAAUCCUCAGAUGUGGGCUGGACUGGGAGUUGGACUCGCCGUUUCCCUGUCUGUGGUUGGAGCUGCCAUGGGCAUUUAUACGACGGGCACCAGCAUUGUGGGUGGUGGCGUAAGAUCACCACGAAUCAAAACCAAGAAUCUCAUAUCCGUCAUAUUUUGUGAAGCGGUGGCAAUUUACGGACUGAUCAGCUCCAUUGUAUUCUCGGGUAACCUGCACUCCUAUGUGAUUCAUCGGGUGAUCAACAAUCGUGAGCAAAUGACGAGAAAUAUGUUCACGGGAUUUGCCACAUUUGGAGCCGGUUUGACUGUCGGUCUGGUCAAUCUCAGUUGUGGCAUUUGCGUCGGCAUCGUGGGAUCCGGAGCAGCUUUAUCGGAUGCCGCAAAUGCCGCAUUGUUUGUCAAGAUCUUGAUUGUGGAGAUAUUCGGUUCCGCUAUUGGACUUUUUGGGUUGAUUGUGGGCAUUUAUAUGACUGCCAAUGCAGAAUUUGUCAAUUAACUAUUGUAGAAUUUACAAUGUGAAAUAUAAUUUUAAUAGCAACUAGAA